AUGAAAACGAUCAUAGCUCUCGCCGCCCUCGUGGCCGUCGUAUCUGCCGGUUCCUUCGACUCACGGUUGGCCUCCUCCAUCCGAUCCCGACUCUCCUCCACCUUCUUGAAAGCAAAUUCUUUCAAGCCUAUCGUUGUCUCUGAUGCUUCCGCGAACAUUCGCAGAUUACAUCCCGAAACACUCUUCCCUUUCUCCACCCACGCACCUCCAACUCCAAAGCCAACACAGCACGUAGAGCAUGUCACUCUCGCCCCGGCCAAGAGUCCCGUCGAAUUCGCCGACCCUGCCCCCGCCUUCGACGCAGAACAACCAAUUACCGUUGUUAAGGAAGAGCUGCACAACAACGAUGGCUUCAGUAAUUACAACUUCAAGUACGAGCUGUCCGACGGCCAGAACCGGGACGAAGUGGCCGAAGCCGUACUUGUCCGUGACCCUAAAACCAAUGAGGAGCACAUCAUUUACAAAGUUCAAGGCUCGUACGGUUUCUUCGACGCAAAGGGAAAUUAUCACGGUGUCUCCUACACCGCCGACGAAAAUGGCUACAAGCCCGUGCUGCAGUUUGUACCGUUCAAGCCUGCCUUUGCGAAAAAAUAA